CAAGGAUGUGAAAGUCAUGGGGCAGCACAUGGCUAAGCAAAUAAGCUGUGACCGUUCUCACCAGCGUUACGACAUGUGCACAGUCAAUGCCACAACCGUGUUGGAGCCCACCACCUCCACUUUCUUCCUUGUGGAGCCCACCCAAGCUCUUAUGGAAAAAGUCCGGCCUUACCCUCGAAAAUGGGAAACUUCCGUGAUGGGCCGGAUCAAGGAGGUGAGACUCACCUCAGGGCCACCCAGUCCCUCAUGCCAAGUCCACCACAGUGCCCCAGCCCUUGUCUUCAGCGCUGGGGGUUACACUGGGAAUGUGUUUCAUGAUUUCAAUGAUGGCUUCAUCCCUCUCUACAUCACCGUCAAUUCCAUAUUUCCGGAUGGAAACUACGUCCUCGUCAUCCACAGUAGUCGGCGUUGGUGGGAGAGCAAGUAUGCAGAUCUACUCCACACGUUGAGUAAGCACCCCAUCGUGAACCUGGAAAAAGCCAACGCCACGCAUUGCUUUCCUUAUGCCCAUGUCGGCCUCAUUUCACAUGGUUUCAUGACUAUUGACCCCACACUAAUGCCCAGCUCAAUAAAUCUCACCCAUUUCCGCGGUUUCCUGGAUGCGGCCUAUGCCCAAAAUCACCCCUUUCCCAGUCCCAACAUCUCCAAGCAGAAAGCCCGACCACGCCUGGUGUUGGUGACUCGAAGCGGAGGCGCUGGGCGGCACAUCUUGAACCAGGGUGACCUAAACAAUGCAGCAGAGGAGGUGGGCUUCCACGUCAUCCUCUUCCACCCCACCCCAACCACCUCUCUGCGGGAAGCUUACGCAUUGAUCAACUCAAGCCAUGCCAUGAUGGGAGUGCACGGCGCCGCACUCACGCACUCGCUGUUUCUUAGGCCAGGUUCGGUGUUGAUGCAGGUCGUGCCGCUUGGACUUGCGUGGGCGGCAGAGACGUGUUUCGGCAAUUCUUCCAGGGAAUUAGGGUUGGAGUACAUGGAGUAUAAGAUUGGAGAGAAGGAGAGCACCUUGGCAGACAAGUAUGGCAACGAUGACAUAAUGGUGAAGGACCCAGUAAGGGCUCAGGGAAAGGGCUGGUCCACUAAGAUUAUGGACGUAUAUUUGAAGGAGCAAAAUAUUACACUGGACUUGGUUAGGUUUAGGAGACAUUUGGAGGAAGCCUAUAACAAAGCCAGUAAGUUCUUGCAAAACAAGGGAUAAUCAGUCACUGUAUGCAUGAGAUGUACCCUCGUAUAUGCUCCUGAACAACAAUAAA